AUGAAUUUUAUCGGCGCUAAUCGUAGGGCAGAAUCGGAACGAAAGCCUGGGUUUCAGUAUUUGAAUCGCGAUAAUAUUGCGGCAGUAAUUAUGGACAUGUAUUUGGCGGGACCUGAGACCACAUAUCAUACACUCUUAUGGCUAAUAUUAUUGAUGACAUAUUAUACCGAUUGGCAAAAUGUUAUGCGACAAGAGAUCAACGAUAAACUGGGCGAUAGGGCGCCGGUUGUGGACGACAAACAAUGUUUGCAUAAUGUUAUGGCAUUUCUAUACGAAACUCUUCGUUAUAGAAACCCCGGACCGGUUGGCUCACCACAUAUGGCUCUGGAAGACACAAAAAUAGGUUAA